GGAAACGACCAAGAGAAUUAAAAGCACUUUCUGCCUUAAAAAUAACUAUAGAAGAUAAAGGGAAAUGUUGAAAUAUUCAGUAAACAAAAAGAAAAUUAAGAUAGGAGACCAGGGCGGCACCUGUGGCUCAAAGGAGUAGGGCGCCAGCCCCAUAUGCCGGAGGUUGUAGGUUCAAACCCAGCCCCGGCCAAAAAAAAAAAAAAAAAACAGGAGACCAACACAUAGGCUCUUAACAGCAGAGAUAUAACGGGUUAAAUCCAGCUAGAGUGGAGGCGCUGGAGUUCUUAGGACAGCUUUUGCUAAUGCUGAACCCUCGGUUUGGCUUGCUUCCCCACCCUAUUGAAGGCCAAGAGCUCGUUUCAAGGCCGACUCCUUCUCCGUAGUCCUAGGCGAGCACACCCUGUAGUGAAGCUGUUGCUUCGGAUCUAGGACGACGUCCCCAUUUCACUCCCUCUCACCCCGGAAUGCAGCGUGGGGGAGGUGGUCCGGCCUUACUCCAGGAGUCGGCACAGGAUGAAAGCGCUCAAACCCUGCUGGAGUGUGAAGUGUAUCUUUUUCCUCGUCGCACCUUUGGGACGAUGAGCUUACGAAAGAGCCGCAAGUUUCAUAUCGGCUCGGUUUGUUCGUGGACGUAGUUUCUGCCCCUCUACACUUCCCAUACGACCAUCUGAGGUCCCCGCGCCCAGGCGGGUCUUCCUUUGAUGGGGUCGGAUCCACCUGCGACGGCUCAUCCUGCCCCCACCUUGCAGAUUUGCAGGGUCUCAAGGCGUCCGCUGGGAGGCCACAUCCCACAGAGCAGCCACAGGAGAGGAAUGCGGCUUAGAGCUCGGAGUCAGGAUCUCCUUCUACAAGCCAGAGGAACUUCUCCCCUUCUCCAAAGAUGUGGGAUUAAGGGAGUGCGCGGUCCCUCUGGAUUUGUUGGAGAAGAGGGACUGGAGAAGAAGGACUGGAGCUGAGCCCAAAAACCGGAGGGGUUGGUUACAGGCGACGAACGGAGGGACUCCGGGAAGACUCGCGGCAACCUGGAGCUUGUGAGACAGAGAUCCGGCGCUCGGAGAGGGGCACAGUGUCCAACGGGUUAAGGCUCUGCGCCCCGCCUCCGUCCAGGGAUUGGUGGUCCUGGGGGGCGUGGCCAGAGGGCGGGCCCGCGUUUGCCGCAGCCGCUGGUAGGCGGGGCCCGGGUGGGAGCGGGAGGGGCCCGGAGCGGAGCCGGGCCCGCGCCGCGCGCCCCGCCGGGCGGGCUUCGGGCUGCGCCAGCAAGCUGGGCCGGUGGCGCCCGCAUCGGAGACCCGGUGCCAGACCUUGAUGCAGCAAAGGCUCGUGUGUGUGCGCGUGUGUGCUUGGAGUGGGGGGGCGCUGUCGGCCCCCUCGAUCCUGAAACACCGGCUUCAUCAGAGCCAGGAGCUAGGUGAUGGGCCCCUUCCCCUGCCAGUGCCCAUGGUGCCGAGGGAAGACGGAUCUCCCCUUACUCAUCCCAACCAAGAAGUUCUGAAGACCUCUGCACCCCAAAAGCCCUUUAAUGCCCCCAGAUCCCUUUCCUCCUCCAAUCCUUCUUCCUGGAAGCUCUACCUGAUUUCCCUGCCCGUAUUCACAUAUACAUUUGCCCUGCAUUUAUUUUCUUGAUGUCAAGACCCAGAGACCCUCCAGGACUCUGCCAUCUGUGCUCCUGGGAAACCUACCGGCCAGGCCUGGGGAGGCCUCAGAAUGAAAUAUCACUGGGGUGUCCUGAGCCAAGUGUUUUAAGACCUCCUCCCCCCUCUCCCCAGGUGUGAUCAGGGAUGCUGUCCUGGGAGGUAGCAUUUGGAUUGCUUCUAGAAGGCUGUAAGAAGGGCACAGAGAGCUCAGAAGAGGUUGUAUGUGGAGUGGAAAGGGGCUCAGGUCAGGGGAAAUAUGGGAUGGGCAUCAAGAGAGUGCCCUUGCAAGCUCUUCUCUGGUUCUGGAGGCCAAGAGGAAAACCAGGCAUUUUACCCAUAAUACAUUCACCUCUUACAAUGUCUGCAAGAUAGGUGUGAGAACAUGAGAGGAAAUACCUGCAUGAGGUUCUACUCCUAAUCAGUUGAGCUGAGAUUUACACUCAGAACUGAUGCCACUAGAACUCUUUAUUGCACUUGGUCCUGUUCAUGGAAGGAUUUUGGUAGAGCAGGGACAAGAUCAGCUUUGCCCUUUAAAAAGUGUACCCUGGCAGCUGCUUGGAGGAGAGAGUGCAGGUGAAGAAAGGUCAGUGAAGAGUCCCAGCAAUGGUGCCAGCAGGAGGGGCUGCUGAGAUGUUUAGGAGGAGGAAAGGGCUGGGCCUGGGGCUCUGAGACCCCAAGUAUUCCUAGCUUUGAGAGAGACAGAUGGGGAGGGGCUGGGAGGUCACUGUAGGUUGGAGGGAACUGCACAUGUGACCCCCCAGGUAGAAUCCAUUUGGCUCUUUCCUGACAGCUAAUGCUGUGUGUGAUGUCCUAGGCACUAAGGGCUGAGCUAGGCAGUAGGCUCUCAUUCCAGGAUGUUGUGCUACUGUAGUAGGCUGCCUUUGCAGACCAUGCUCAGUUACCUGGGCCAGUUCAGGACCUGACCCACAGACAAAACUCAAAUCCUUCCUCUUGGCUCAGUUCCUGCUUAUUAGGGAAACAUAUCCCUCUUCUUGUCCUGCCAGCUCCCUGCUGGGGUUUUGAGAAAAGAAGCUGCAGCAGCACAAGCUGGGGAGAGGCAAAGGGUGGGGAAUACUUUCAUGGGGUUAACUACGCAGGUUAUAAUUAUGACAAGUUCUUUGGGGAGUGAGACUCCAGGAAGAAUGUCUGUGGGUUGAUAAGCAAGGAUGCCCCCAGGUAGAUAGAGCACAGGAAAAGGAGGCAAGACAACGGUCUUGGAACUGCAUUUCUAUCCAGUAUUCUGGGGAUCUGAGCCUGGCUAGGGACCACACAUACUCUAGGGAGACGGUGGCUAUGGUCAUAUUCUCUUCUUCUGUUUUUGUUUCUUUGUUUGUUUUUUUGAGACAGUCUCACUUGUCGCCCUUGGUAGAGGGCCCUGGCUUCACGGCAACAUCAAACUCUUGGGCCCAUGCAAUUCUCUUGUCUCAGCCUCCCACGUAGCUGGAACUACAGGCGCCUGCCACAACGUCCAGCUAUUUUUAGAGAAGAGAAAACUGCAGUCCAGGAUGGCUCAGUCGGCUGGUCCAAAGUCACGCAGCUGGUUCGGGCCGAGCCGCGACUGCAAGAGUGAGGCACAUGGGCCCUGCAGACCGGGCCUCGGAGGGUCCCAGGCUUGAGGACCCAUCGGCCCCCCACCCCCUUGGAAAGUGCCCCCCUGGCUUAGUCAUGGCGAAGCUGGAGACCUUACCUGUGCGUGCUGACCCAGGGCGGGAUCCCCUCCUGGCCUUUGCCCCACGGCCUUCUGAGCUUGGACCCCCAGACCCCCGCCUGGCCAUGGGCAGUGUGGGCAGUGGAGUGGCCCAUGCCCAGGAGUUUGCCAUGAAAAGUGUGGGCACCCGCACAGGGGGUGGGGGCAGCCAGGGAAGCUUCCCUGCCCCCCGAGGCAGUGGCAGUGGGGCCAGCAGGGAGAGGCCAAGCCGCUACCCUUCAGAGGAUAAGGCUCUUGCCAACUCCCUCUACCUCAAUGGUGAACUUCGAGGCAGUGACCACACAGAUGUCUGUGGCAAUGUGGUGGGUAGCAGUGGUGGCAGCAGCAGCAGCGGUGGCAGUGACAAGGCCCCACCUCAGUAUCGUGAACCCAGCCACCCACCCAAGCUCCUGGCCACCUCUGGCAAACUAGACCAGUGCUCAGAGCCACUAGUUCGCCCAUCCGCCUUCAAGCCUGUUGUACCCAAGAAUUUCCACUCCAUGCAGAACUUGUGUCCCCCGCAGACCAAUGGGACCCCUGAGGGACGACAGGGCCCUGGUGGCCUCAAGGGCGGACUGGAGAAGUCCCGGACCAUGACCCCAGCGGGCGGGAGUGGGGGCGGCCUCUCAGACUCAGGCCGGAACUCACUCACCAGCCUGCCCACCUACAGCUCCAGCUAUAGCCAGCACCUGGCGCCCCUCAGUGCCUCCACCAGCCACAUCAAUCGCAUAGGCACUGCCAGCUAUGGUAGUGGCAGUGGCGGCAGUAGCGGUGGGGGAUCGGGCUACCAGGACCUGGGGACCUCCGACAGUGGGCGGGCCUCCAGCAAGAGUGGGUCGUCGUCAUCCAUGGGGCGGCCAGGCCACCUGGGUUCUGGGGAGGGCGGAGGUGGAGGCCUGCCCUUUGCGGCCUGCUCACCGCCCUCGCCCAGUGCACUGAUCCAGGAAUUGGAGGAGCGGCUGUGGGAGAAGGAGCAAGAGGUGACAGCUCUGCGGCGUAGCCUGGAGCAGAGCGAGGCGGCCGUCGCCCAGGUACUGGAGGAGCGGCAGAAGGCCUGGGAGCGGGAGCUGGCUGAGCUGCGACAGGGCUGCAGCGGAAAGCUGCAGCAGGUGGCCCGCCGCGCCCAGCGCGCCCAGCAGGGCCUGCAGCUGCAGGUGCUGCGGCUGCAGCAGGACAAGAAGCAGCUGCAGGAGGAGGCGGCCCGGCUGAUGAGGCAGCGGGAAGAGCUAGAGGACAAGGUGGCGGCCUGCCAGAAGGAGCAGGCUGACUUUCUGCCCCGGAUGGAGGAAACCAAGUGGGAGGUGUGCCAGAAGGCUGGUGAGAUUUCCCUCCUGAAGCAGCAGCUGAAGGACUCGCAGGCGGACGUGUCGCAGAAGCUGAGUGAGAUCGUAGGGCUGCGCUCGCAGCUGCGGGAGGGCCGGGCGUCGCUGCGGGAGAAGGAGGAGCAGCUGCUCAGCCUGAGGGACUCUUUCGGCAGCAAGCAGGCCAGCCUGGAGCUGGGUGAGGGCGAGCUGCCCGCCACCUGCCUCAAGCCGGCGCUGACUCCCAUGGACCCGGCUGAGCCGCAGGACGCGCUAGCUACCUGUGAGAGCGACGAAGCCAAGAUGCGCCGUCAGGCCGGUGUGGCCACCGCCGCCUCCUUGGUUUCCGUGGACGGGGACGCGGAGGCCGGCGGAGAGAGCGGGACCCGGGCCCUGCGGCGGGAGGUGGGGCGGCUGCAGGCGGAGCUGGCGGCUGAGCGGCGCGCGCGGGAGCGCCAGGGUGCCAGCUUCGCGGAGGAGCGCCGCGUUUGGCUGGAGGAGAAGGAGAAGGUCAUCGAGUACCAGAAGCAGCUGCAGCUGAGUUACGUGGAGAUGUACCAGCGCAACCAGCAGCUGGAGCGCCGGCUGCGGGAGCGCGGGGCGGCUGGGGGUGCGAGCACGCCGACUCCCCAACAUGGGGAAGAGAAGAAAGCCUGGACCCCUUCGCGCCUUGAGCGUAUUGAGUCCACAGAAAUCUGAUCCUCGACCUGGGCACGUGGCCUUCUGACAAAUGCCCUGUUAAAAGGCCAGAGUCCCCAGUGUCCCCACCCCUCCAUCUCUCUCCCCCAUAUGCCCCGUAUCCCCAGACCAAAGAGGUUCUCAAAGCAGCUGUGACCAGGCUCCUCCCUGCGACCCCUUCCUUUCCCCCAGUGCUGUGCCCUCCCAGCUCCAGCUGCCCCUGUGGGCAGCCCACUUGGACCCUCCUAGAAGGAGGGAAUGGGGGAGGGCAGAGUGAGUUGGGAAUGAGGGCCCAGGCAGCAGAGGAGUCAUGCUUCCUUUCUUGGCACCCACUUAGAGAUGGAGACCACAGGCCUGCAGUGCCAUAAGGUGCCCCAGCCCCUCUGGAGAGUCUGGGCUGCUGCUGUCCGCCACCCUGUGUCCAGUGAUGCUCUCUGUGCUCACCGCCUAGGCAGUGGAGGGGGUGGGGGCGGUAAAGGCGGAGCCCUGUUCUCUGAGGGGGCCUGCACAGGGUCUGCUGAAGCUGACCCUGGGCUCCUGGUUUCUUUCCUUUCUGCAGUGUUCUCCCUCCCUGGGCAGAUUGGCAGGACAAGAGGGAGCAGAUGGCCUGCUUGUGGUUGAGAGGGCUACCUGCCCAGCCCCUCCCCCCCAAGGUUUCUUGGGCUCAGGCCUCAGAGCCUGGCCAGGUCCUGAGUGUGUCCCUCCCUGUGUGUGUGUUGGGGGAGGGGAGGGCGCUAGGGCUGGAAUCUCAGCACCCAGGGAAGAAAUGUCCACUUGUUCUUGGGUAACUUGGAGGCUUCUCAGCUCUACCUACACCCUUUGGCCAGGAUCCUGCAGGGCAAUAGCCCCAUCUGCUUGGCUAACCCCACACCUAGGGUCACUGUUCAGCUCUAACUGCAGCUAUUAAGUGCUACCUGCCUCUCAGGCACUCCACUCACCCAGUUUCUGUGAUGAGUGUCUGCAAUGUCUUCCCCACCUGAUUCCCCAGCCUCCUGCUUUCAUGCUCAGCACAUCAUCUUCCCAGGCCGCCUUGUCCACAGAGUCUCACCUUUUCUUUCAGUAGAAAAUUCUGCUUGAUCUUUGGUGCACUGCCACUACCCAGCUCCACUGACUGGCCCAAAUCUGAGCCCAGAGCCCUUGUGUGGGGGACGGGGGAGGGUUGGAUGUGAUUGCCCUUGAAGAAUGAGGCUACCCUGAGAGGAACACUGACCCCUUGGUUCCCAGGUCCCUGAGGUGGCCUAGCAUUUGUCCAGGGUAGGCCUGGCAUGGCCAUGAUCAGGGUCUAGGCUAGCUAAUGUCACUUCCUCUCUGGGCCCUCUCAGAGUCCAUCUCCCCAAGACAGGAAGGGAAAGACAAAUUUCUAAUUCACCAGCAAUAAAAAUUGGAGGAGGCUUGGCCCUCAGUCCUUGUAUUUCUCCUUUUCACUCUCUCUUUCUCCUACCCCCAAGACUAAGUUUGGGGAGCAGGGUGGAGAGAGCUGGCAACUACUGUGAGCAAGUCCCCCAGCCCUUGACCAGCCUCCUCCCAUGACUGGUGACUGUUUAAUGAGCUGUGCAUCCCCCACAAAACCAGGAGUGCCCCUCUCUGUGGCCUCUACCCUCUGCACAGCCCCUUCUAGGUGGUCCUCACCAGGUCUCUGAGCUGGAUGGGAAGCCAUCCUGGCAACCACUGCCCAUUCCACUCACCCCUCACUGCACCUGCCCCAGAACCUAGCCCUGGGGCACAGGGGCAGGGAGAAGAGAAGGCAUUAGUAGGAAAAAAAAUAGAAAAAAAUAUGAACAGACUUAGCUUUGGGAUGUCCAACCACAAAAUUAUAUAUAAAUAUAUUAAAAAAUAUAUAUCUACCAUAUGUGAUGGAAAGACUUUUUUGUUUUCCUUUCCCAAAGAAAUAAAUUGGAGAAAGCCUCUUGA